UGCGACCGGUGUGACUUGCGUCUGCGUGACGUAAAGUUGAGGUUUUUGAUUAGAUAUGAAUGAUCGACGUGACAACUGUUGUUCGUGUUCAUUCGAGCAAAGCGUGCUAAUGAAGUUCGAUACACGUUCUUAAGCUAUUGAACUGGUGAUUGUUGUCUAGAACAGUUUAGGGAUAUAAUGAACGAUUUGAGGUGUAUUAUUUCGUAAUGUAAACAUGGCGGUAGUGGGUGUAAUGCGCAUAUUCGUAUUCUUUUUAACAUUUUAUAUUUCGUUGUAUUGUGCAAAUUCUGCCGCUACAGAUAUUGAGCUUGAUGCCAAAGCACAAUUUACACAUCGUAUAGACAGUUUGAAUCUGCUUUUAUACACCUUUUUGCUGAUUCUGACUGUGUUGACAAUAUGGUUGUUUAAGCACCGGAGGUUUAGGUUUCUUCACGAAACAGGGUUAGCCGUAAUCUAUGGUCUGAUUGUAGGAGCAUUGAUUCGGUAUGCAGGCAGCAAGACACCUGUACUUCACAUGUCUGUCACUCCCGAAAAGGACAGCAAGUACAAUCUCUCACUGCCACCAGACACCCUGUGGCUUCGCUUUCCUAACAGAGGUAGUAACCCACCUCUACCCAACAAGACAUAUGCAUAUGCUUUCCGGGAGGAGAUUGUGGACAUCGAGGAUAAUGAGAUGGAUCUGAAAGCAACUUUUGAUCCUGAGAUAUUCUUCAAUAUUAUUUUGCCACCAAUCAUAUUCCAUGCUGGUUACAGCUUGAAGCGGAAAUACUUCUUCCGCAACCUCGGAGCUAUCCUGACAUAUGCUCUGAUUGGCACAACCAUCUCUUCAUUUGUUGUGGGAGCCCUGAUGUAUGGCUUUAUCCACCAGAUGCCAAACCUUAAGGGCAGCUUCACUUUUUUGGACACCUUAUACUUUGGUGCCCUGAUUUCCUCUACAGAUCCUCUUACAAUCUUGGCAAUUUUUAAUGAUCUGCAUGUGGAUGUGAACUUGUAUGCACUGGUGUUUGGAGAAAGUGUCCUGAAUGAUGCAGUAGCUAUUGUUCUUAGUGGAUCAAUACAGAACUAUGGAGAACGUUACCAGUCAGGAACAGGUGGUUUCGAGACGCAAGCCUUUUUCCGUGCAUUGGGUGACUUCUUUGGCAUUUUCACCCUCUCUCUCUUAAUUGGCGCACUCAUGGGCUGUAUCACUGCUAUCUUAACGAAGUUUACACAUGUGCGUGACUUUCCACUGCUAGAAUCAGCACUAUUUGUGCUUAUGUCAUAUAGCACAUUUCUCAUAGCCGAGGCUUCAGAACUCACAGGUGUAGUGGCAGUACUAUUCUGUGGGAUUUGCCAGGCUCACUACACAUACAACAAUCUGUCAGCAGACUCCAGGUCAAGGACCAAAAAACUUUUUGAACUGCUCAAUUUCUUAGCAGAGAACUUCAUUUUUUCAUACAUUGGAGUGUCAAUGUUUACAUUUCCUAAACAUCAUUUUGAUCCUGGUUUCAUCUUUGCAGGAUUUUUUUGUGCCAUGUUAGGGCGUGCAGUCAACAUCUAUCCAUUGUCUUUUCUUCUGAAUUUAGGACGAAAACCUAAGAUACCAUUGAACUUUCAACACAUGCUGUUCUUUGCAGGUUUGCGUGGUGCCAUGUCAUUCGCUCUGGCAAUUCGCAACACUGUGUCAGAUGCAAGACAAGCGAUGUUAACAACCACUUCACUGAUUGUGAUUGUGACUGUGAUAGUGCAAGGAGGGGCCACAAUGCAGCUUCUCACAUGGUUCAAAAUACCGGUUGGAGUGGAAGAGGAGGUGGAGAUGCUUCCAUAUGCAGGCGUGAGAAGUGUUUACAGUUCCAUGGGAACAACAGAUGUGGCUGGUCCAUCAGUGGAACAGAUAUGUGGUGAUGGAGAGGCAAACCAGAGGGACAAACGCAGUCCCAUGCUGGGGGAAAUGGCAGAACCAUCACGAGAAAGUGGUGGGGGAAGCAGACUGAAUGACAAAGCAUGGCUGGCUCGUAUAUGGGCUGACUUUGAUGUCAAGUACAUGAAGCCAUUCCUGACGCAUGCUCGGCCCACUUUGUUGGAAACACUCCCAGUGUGCUGCAACCCCAUAGCAAGGAUCCUGACAACAACAGAGCAGAUGACACAGGAUAAUCGGUCGAGGUCUCAGCUGGACUCAGACUCUGACCUUUGUAUUGAAGAAAACGAGCUUAGCUAUGGAGACCAGCGGAGAACAAGUGUCCAGAGAAGUGACAGUCUAAUUGCUUCUGGUGACCUGGGCCUUGGGAAUCGGCUAAUGGAUACAAGAGUACGUGUACCUGGACCUGGAGGAAAGGACAUCUAGGUGCAAGACAUGAUAUUGGUGCUAUGGCUGUGCACAUUAAGGCCUGUUGAAGAUUUAGGCUUUUUGGUACUUUGUUUGAGAGUACCACACACAAAGCAAGACUGAAACUAGCAUCACUAUGUUGCAUCAUCUACAGAAGAUUUAGGUUGUUAUCAGAUACCACAUGGCACGUGACUGCAUUCAGCAUUGCUCUGUGCAAGAGCAACUGAAGAUUUAGAUUGUUAUUGGGUGUCCUCUGUUGGGAGUGCUAUGUACAGUGCAUGAUUGCAUUUCUGCAUUGUUAUAUGAAACAGCUGUUGAAGCUUUAGAUUGUUACUGGGUACCCUCCAUUUGGAAUGCUGGAGACAGUGCAUGAUUGAAUCUCAGCAUUUUUAUAUGCAGCAGCUGUUAAAAAUGUAAAUUAUUGUGUUCCCUAUGUUUGGGGGUGCUAUGUACAGUGCAUGAUUGAAUUUUGGCACUGUUACAUGGCACAGCUGCUAAAGAUUUGGAUUGUUAUUGGAUGCCCUAUAUUUGGGAGAAUGAGACACAGUGCAUGAUUGAGUUUAGCAUAACUGUUACAUCAUUGCUGGAAACUUGGGUUGUUGCACCCUCAAUUUGGGAGUGCUGCCUCAGCACAUAAUUGAAUUCAGCGUCACUGUAUUACAACUGUUGGAGAGUUUGGCUGUUAUUGGGUGCCCUGUGUUAGGGGGCGGUACACAAAACACAAGAUUAAGUCUGGCAUUACUGCAUGCUUUAGGGUAUGUAUGUUUUACGUCUCCUGCAAACAAGUCUAACCUCCACUAGAAAUCAGAGUACUAUAUUUGCUUUAUCUUGUCCAUUCAUUACUCUAAUUCCUUGCAUUUUAUAAAUGUAACAGUAUUUUUCUUUUAUGCAUACAGUAUUGCAAAAAUAAUUACACUCAUUAUUACACAGUAUCAUUAUGCUCUAUAGUGCAGCCAAGCAAAGAGUUCUCACAGAGCAACCCCCUACUCUGUCUACCCUUCUUAUGCUUCUCAUACUCCACCCCUGCUGUUCCACUUUUAUUGGCUGGAUUACUCGCAGCAUGCAGGCUGGGAUGAUAGAUCAGGGGAAUAGACCCUUCCCUCCUAGCAAACAUUAUCCCCACUGCCUCUGUGAAUUCUUUGGCUGGUUGAACUAUAAGAGCACUCAGUAUUUGAGGACAUAAAAUUUUGUGCAUUGAGUUCAACAGCAGUGUAAUUGUAAAGGGGCAGUUCUCCUAUUAUCAAGACGCUGAAGGUUGGAGAAAGAAAGUCAUGGUCACAGGUAACAGGCUGGUUUCCUGAUGUUUUAUUCAGUAAGAGAGCAGAAUGUAUGUGAAACAGACAAGAAAGAAAAAUCCAUUCCAGAAGUAUUUCUGAGAAGAAUUUAGGAUACAUAUAUUUGUUUGAAUAGUAAUUUUAUACGCAGAGGUGAGCAGAAUUUAUAAAUUAGUAAUUACACAAAUUACUGUCCUGUCACUGUACAUAAUUUUUACUUUUAUUCAUUUCCAUUACUUGCAAUUUACACUAUAUAAUUUCAAAGUUUUGUACCAUCACUUUGUAAUUUUCAAGCUACAGAGAAAUGUUUCAUAUAAAACUUGUAGUAGAUAUUGUCAGAAGAUCCAGACAUGAAAGGAAUUUUAAAGAAGGUUAAUCUGCAAGCAUCUGAUCUGAAUAGUGAUGUUUCUUUCUUGUCUCAUACUUUUAUGUUAUUUUAGUUGGUGCUUUGUAUGUCCAAGUUGGCAUAUUUCUGUGCAAUGGACACAGAAAAGUUUAUCAUUCAAAGUGUCUAAAGCAGAAUAUAAAUACUCAACAGCAUAAUGUUAGAAAUAUAAAAAUUCACAACUUAUCCAUUAGUGUAAUGCCACUGUAGGGCAAAUCAGCAGUACUACCCAAACUGAAGAAUCUGUAGAGCAUUGCUAAUCUUAGUAUACUUUCGUACUUACUUUGUCAUAAUUUUGAAAAAUAACAGUAGGUAUUGUUAUUGGUGGCAUGUCACACAUCUUAUAUUCUGUUAUUUUCUGUCUUGGUGAACUCAUCAAGUUUGUGUAGUGGAGGGUCAUUAAAAUCUUCUCAGGCAUAAAGCCACAUACAGUAUGGUUGGAUAACAUUCUGAUACAGAGAACCUACUUUUGUUUCAUCAGUGGGAUCACAUGAAGUGAAAUAGUAGAUGCAGUGAGAAGUAAUCUGUGACAUGACCAAAAACACUGGAAAGAGAUGAAGAUGGGACUUCAAAGGGAUGAGCAAGAUUGGUUUUGUUUCAGCAGCAGGGCGGGGAAUAAAUGAAGGUUAGCUAAAAUCGAUGUUCCUUAACCUAAAUGAAGAGGAGAGCGAAGAGUUGAGUAGUAAUAUAAGAAGGUGUGGGUAUGAUUAAGAAGGGGCUAAUUCUGAUGUUGCUUAACCUAACUGAGGAUGAGGAGUCAAGAGGAGGUAAUGAAGGUAUGGCUGCCUUCAAAAUUUGGCCAAGAGCUAUGCUGCUAACCUAACACAAGAGGACGAGGAGGAGUUAGAAGGGAGGCAAAGGAAGAUGUGGCCAAGAUUGAUAUGUCUUGAAAAGGCAGAGGGGUAAGUGAAGGUAAUCACCAUCCAGGAAUUGAUAUACUUAGGACAACUGAUGAUGAACGCAGAAGGAACUUCCAAAAAAUCAGAAUUUUAUCCAACCAUUAAUCUUUAUGUACAGCUCAGUAAAAGAAGUGAAUCAGUGUGAAUGUCAUGAGUAGAGUACUUCUGUUUAAAUGAUUGCUGUUGCAUGGUAGCCAUUAUGUUUUACGAUAAGAAAGUGCUGCAAUUAUGUUUGUAUCAUGGAUGCUUUAAAGCAGCAUUGUCUAUGCAGUUAUGGUCUUGAACAUGUUCACUGCCCAGUGCCAAAAUAUUUAAAGCUGCUGUCCAAGCAAAAGUCAUACUUAAAACAAAGACUGACAGAAGCCUCUAUUAUGUGAAUGUCAAAAAUCAGUUCUUACUAUAUGCCAGUUUGUUAUUUUAUUAAAAAAAGGGUUUAUGCUCCUAUGAGUUGUUGAAAUCUAUAUGUAUCUCAGUUCCCCAAAGUUUGUACUAUCAGCAGCUUUGAAUUCUGCAGUCUUAAAUGUUAAUGAUAUUUACUGUGCACUCUGCUAGAAAUCGGGUUACAUCUAUAACAGAAUGUUUAAAUGACAUGACUUGGCAAUGAUGUUCCAAGCUGUCACUGAUGCCAACUUCAGCAACAGAUAGCCUUGUUGGCAGUGAAUGUGUUAUAUGUACAGUAGCAGGAGUUAUUUCCUGUUGAUUUACUGAUGAAAUAUACAUGUGCUGAAAUGAGACACUUCUGUUGCAGGUGUGCUUGCAUGUGCAGAGCUAUGACACAAUCGUUGUUAACAACUUAUGUAUCCUCCUUGUGUGAGAUCUUCCUAAUAUGGGGUAUCAGGUUGGUGAAGGAGUGGCUGCAUCAUAUUGUCUUACUGCAUUGCAUUGUUAUUGUAUCAUAUGAAACUUCUAGCAAUCCUUAACAAGUAUCAUACAUAGUAAAUGGCUUUUCUGUACGUUUGUUUAUGACCAUUUCAUUAGAUGUGUUAUUUUUGAUGUCAGUUGUUGAUGACUAGUGUGUCUGUAUUAUUUUUUUAAGAAACAUCUGAUAUGUAUGCAGAAUUAUGUGGUAUCACAUAUUACAGAAUGAAAUGGUUGUGAGAGACCAUUUUGUUGAUGCUUCUUCAGUACAGUUAUGGUGGCAUGUAACAUAAUGUGAGAUGGGUGAAAGAGACUGGAAAAGUAUUGUUUGGGGGCAGGGGCUGUAUUAAGCUUCAGGUUACCUUUAGCAACAUGGCAAGGAGAACUUUUUCUGAUGAAAUUUCAAGCAAGAAAAUGUUUUAGUAAAAAGAAGAAACUACUUUUAUUUUAAUGACAUGCUUAACUCUCUCCCACCAAGCACCCUUGAAAACAGUCUCACAUCAAUUGCUAUGUCUGAUCUUAGCACUUGAAUUAAUUUAUUUUCCUCUGUGGUGAGGCCUGUUGGAGAAUGACCUAACUUUCUGAUGUUUCAGCUGUUCCCUUCUCAUGUUGGCUUCACUUCCUGAUGUGUUUGUCUUAUAUCAAAGAGUGAUGUAAACUGUGGGCAAAUAUUUUAGAUUAAGUCAUGGUAAAAUGUGGGGUUACACUAUGUAGUCAGGAAAUUCUUAUGUUCCACAUUACUGAUAUUUACUCUUUUAUGUGCUCACAUAAAGAGAAUGAUGUGUUCAGUAAUAGAACAAGUGACCCUACUGUGUGAUAUAUUUCACUGUAGCGUUAUUCUUGUUCCAAAACUUAUUGAAAAAGAAAACAGCAUCCUUCUGUCCUGUUAUCUCCAUUUCCUAAUGGAAUAGGUGACUGAUACCUAUACCAGCCUUAGAAUCCUCUUUCCAUUGUCUCUGCACCAUGCAGAUGCAUAAUUGUCUAUCCCUUGCCUUUUGUCUUCAACUGUAUUUUCAUACUUCUUCCAUCUCUUUAUAUUUGUAGAUACUCCUUGAACUGUAUUAUCUGUAAAUAAGGUCUAGAAGUUCAUGAUGAUGGUAUAUUAUUACAGUGAUUGACUUUCUGGACUCUAUCCUCAGGUAGAAAGCCUACUCAGCUGGGUCCAAUCAGUAGAGCUAGUCUGUAUCUCCACACUAUGAAUAGGACAAUGGACAAUGUCUGAAAAGUCAGUCAUAUUAUUUGCCUUUAGUUUCCUGUUACUUCGGGUAGGUGGGUGUGUGCGUGUGUAUACAUACAUCUUUGCCAGUCCUGCAUCAGAUUAUUUUGUGGAACAGCUGGCCAAACGUUGCAUUUGGAAUACAUUGGUUACUAUGUAUGCUCUGUAUGCAUGAGAUCCACAUAUUAAAUCUGGGCAGGGAGACUGGCUAUUCUGAGAUUUUUGUAAGUUCCCCAGGCAAAUACGAAGUUACCACCAUAAAUAGAAUAUAGCAGUGCUCUCCCACAUCCUUUUAUAUAACCAUUCAGAAUCAUCUUGUUAUUCAACACUACAUAAUGUAAUCAGGUGAUUCAAUCUGAUUAAUAAACUGAGAAGAAAUAGUUUUCAGAUUUCUUGCUUUAGGCUGAGUCAUUAUGGUGGACAGAGGAGUGGCACAUUGGUGUUGAUGCUCAAUUCACUAAGCCUGCAUCUUUUCCAGUUUCUCCACAAUUGGCUCCCUAAUCUGUGUUCCUAUCAGCUGUUAUUCUUGUUGCACAUCCACAGCAUUCAUUAAGUUUCUCAGCUUGUUUCCUUAUGCUUUUAAAGUUGAUUCUUGGAUUCCCAUGGCAUUGGCCAUGCUAGCCAUGCAUUUGUUACAUUCAUGCCACUUGAUCACAUGUAAUUUGCCCUGAAGAGUAAUAGGUAUCCUUUGUUUAAUGCCACUGGUAGCCCUUUUGUCAAUCUAUGUUCACCGAUGAUGGUUGAUUUUAACUUUUAAGUUUAUGGAUUGCACUAAAUUAAGAAUACAGAUGUUUUUAGUUAUAUUACAUGGUCUGCAACUGCAGAUAGACUGAGAUGACUGACCACAAAUAAGUGACUGUGUACACAUGUGCACAACAAUAUUGCAGUUACAAAAUUGCAUUAAACAGAAAAAAAAUGCAAAGUAAGACCUGUAUUUGAUUAUGUCUUCGUUUAUUUAACAGUGUUUCUUUGACUAAAUAAGCUGCCACCACCAUCAUCAUAUUCCAACACAAAGCUGGAUAAUUUAAGGGUGGCCUGUUUUGGCCUUUGCAUUCACAAAGCCCAGUAGUCAUUUAUGUCAGCAGUAAAUCCACUGUGUUCCUGUUGGAUAGUAUUAGAUUAUAUAACAUUGAAUGUUGGGAUUCAUAUGAAUGAUAAAGUUCGAAGGACAUGGCAUGAACUAAUAAUAGUCUUUAUUCAGGUAGUGUCCUAGUAUUUACCAAAAAAGACUGGGGUGAGGGCAUAGGUCCAGUCCCAGGACCUAUUGAAUAUGAAGCAUAAGUUCUGAAAACUGUGCAUAGUUCAGCAUACAUUUUCUUCAGUUGGUUUCUACCUGUGAAAGAAACUGAUAUUGCUGUCUAUUGUUUCCGUUGGACACAAAAGGUCUGCCUUCUCCCAUCACACAAGGAAAUUAAAAGUGUUGAAGGAUACAUUGGGAGUAAACAUAUAUCACAAGAAGUUUUAGAGGCCUAUAUAAUGUAUUUAUUGCUUUCUAAAAAGAGGGAGCUAUAUUGUACUUAAUAAUUUCUUGUUACACAUGUUUGUUCAGAGCUGUAUUGGUGUGAAUUGAGAGCAGAUGUUGACUUUGGAAUUGAAUCAAUUUCCUUCAGAUUGUAUUUACAUACAGCACUGCUUAUAUGAAUAUUUUCUUGAUUAUCACAUUAACUUUUCCGUAGAGAAUGACUUAUUUUAUAAUAUGAGUUCUGUAAAUGUAAAGAGAAUAUGAAGUGAUAUUAGAAUUACCAAAAUUUAAACUAUAAUGAUGGGAAAUACACAUUGAAGUGUUUGAA